CGUGACGUCAUCGCUUCCUGGUUUUGCGUUUGAAACUUAAAGGUGUGCCGAUUCUCUCUCCGGUAUUUUGCUGCUUUGGAUUCAACUGGGGCGAAACUUACGAUCUUAUCAACAUUAUCACAAGAGGACAGCAGCUCGAAACACAAAGAGAACGGAUCAAGUAAAGGUGUGACUGACAAAGACGUUUUUCCGGAUGAAGAGAUGAGUGCUGAAAUCAGCACCAUUCCCACGUUACAAUUGUAUUUGGAUUCCUUUUGGUCUUCCAGCAUAGGAUCCCACAGUUCUGACAUAAACACCACCAACGCAUGGGUAACAGCACCCAAAUCUUCGUACAGCCCUCCUGUUUCCAGCAGCAUUAUAAUGGACCCGGCCCAGUCCAGCCCGACUCCAGACGAAUCCUCAGAACCCUGCUCUGAAUUUCAGGCUCAGCUCGACCUGUUCCUCAAGCUGGGAUUUUCCCAAACACAGAUCCGUGCCACUUUCCUGAAACUUGGCCUCAAUGCAGACACCAACAGGGUUUUGGGUGAGCUUAUCCAGGCUGCUGGGGAAUCAGAGGAGAGAGAGGAACCUACAGCCUCCACGGUGCUGGUUUCACGUGGGGAUGCUUCCAAUAAAGUCCAAAGUGCCCAAAAUCACUGUCACAAUGUUCCAGCAGUGUCAGGUGCUCCAGAAGAGCUGGUAGAGGAUGAGGACGCACUCAGACCCAUUGUCAUUGAUGGGUCUAAUGUAGCCAUGAGUCACGGGAACAAGGAAGUUUUUUCCUGUCUGGGAAUUCAGUUGGCGGUGAACUUCUUCCUGGAGCGGGGUCAUGUUGACAUCACAGUGUUUGUGCCUUCCUGGAGAAAAGAACAGCCGCGACCUGAUGUGCCUAUAACAGAUCAGCACAUUCUACGUGAAUUAGAGCGGAGGAAGCUCUUGGUAUUCACACCAUCCAGAAGGGUGGCAGGAAAACGAGUGGUUUGCUAUGAUGACCGUUUCAUCGUAAAGCUGGCAUACGAAUCCGACGGCAUCAUUGUUUCCAAUGAUACUUACCGAGAUCUACAAGGAGAACGUCCUGAGUGGAAGCGUUUUAUAGAGGGGAGGCUUCUGAUGUAUUCGUUCGUCAAUGACAAGUUUAUGCCUCCAGAUGACCCUUUGGGAAGACAUGGACCCACCUUAGACAACUUUCUUAGGAAAACUCCACGUAUACCUAAGAAACAACCCUGUCCUUAUGGAAAGAAGUGCACUUAUGGAAUCAAGUGCAAGUUCCAUCAUCCGGAGCGAACCAAGCAAUCCCAGCGUGCCCUGGCCGAUGAGCUCAGAGACAAAGCCAAAAUUUCAUCCACACCGCACAAACCUCAGCCAGUGUCCAGUCAGAGUCCACCUCUGGAGGAAGUAAUGGAACAGAAACUCUCCCUGGAUGCUGGAUCUCUUAAGAAGAGUUACGCCAGUGAAAAUGUCCUUGUCAUUAAAGCAGCCCCCCAGCCGACUCAAAGGAAGUUUCCUUUGAAAAAAGAGCGUCGGCAUUCGCCAACAAGUCUAGAUUCCUUUCCCAGGGGAUCUCAGGAGCGUUUGGAUUCUGGCUUGGGUUCCUACGAAUGCCAUUCUCCUGAAGCAUCCCAUUGUGAUCGCUACUGCGACCACAGGAAGUCCAAACCAUCCAACAAUGGGCGGCAUCGUUACGUUCCGGCCAAUAGCCAACCCUGCAGUUGCUGUCCUUACCAACCCCUCAGCACUGGUGGAGUCGGUCAGCACCAUAGCAUGGACCUGUCCAGUUCAACAAACCCGGGUUACACUCAACCCCGAUAUCACUCCUAUGGAGGAGGUCCAGUUUACCCACCUGUUAACAUGUCCCAGUAUUCAUUUCCACACAACAGAGGGCCUCCUUGUCAACGGGGCUACUGGUCUGACCAUUAUGAUGGCUAUCCUCCAGCAUCCCAUAAUGCCAUGCUGCCAGAGAGAGGACAUGGCCACUGGUCACCCUCCAAUCACAAUCCUCAGUGCUCUGAACGGGAGCAGGUAAGAAAGAAAUUACUAGCAAUUUUCAAUGCACGUUUGGUGGACAGAGCCAUGGACAUGUUCCCAUAUCUCCUGGACCCACAAAGACUGGCCGCAGAGAUUUUGACCCUUCAGUCUCAGGAUGGGGCUUUUUAGUUUAUCUUUUUUGAAGGACUAGGUGACAAGACAAAGAUUCUGGCACCAAAGUGUUACAAUAAGUUCUCAGCCGAAAGUGAUUUAACUGGAGUUUGUUGUGUAAUUCAGUGUAGCUCUGCCCACAGUGAAAUCUCAUUGGUCUACAAUCCCGCUGUUUUUGUUGUGCAGUGUUUUGCUUUUUAACGAGGACAUAAAAAUUACUUUUUUGUAGGAGACUGUCAUGUAAUGCAGUGUAUCCCCGCCCACAGUGAAAUCUCAUUGGUCCACAGUCCCACUUUAUAUCAGAGAUGUUCUGAUUGACUGUUUUUGUUGAGUCAUGCAGCGUUUUUUUCGAUUAGCGAGAACACAAAAAUAAUUUUCGUUGGAGUCUGUCACAUAAUGCAGAGUAGCUGCAACUAUGUCAGAUAUAUUCUGAUUGGCUGUUUGUGUCAAGCAAGUGGUGUAGCUCCGCCCACAGUAGAAUCUCAGUGGUCCAAUGUUCCGAUUCGCAUCAGAUUUUAUGUUCUGAUUGGCUGUUUUUGUCAAGACAUACAGCGUUUUGCUAUUAGCAAGGCCAGAAAAAUGACUUGACUUUUAAAAAAUGUUGUGAUUCCUAAUCAGGGCACAUUUUGAAAUAAGAUUUGAUUAAUGUUAAUGUUAAAAAUAGAGUUAUAGUUUAGUAGAUGUGUAAUUUUUGUGAUGAAAUGGACUCAAUUCAAGCCAUUCAGAAGAUUUUAUUUCUGUUGUAUUUUGAAUAUUGUUAUUUGACCUCAACUAUGGUGAAAUCACUAUUUGUUGUAUUAUAUAAUUAUUAUCUUGCUGUGGUUCUCAAGAGUAUAAUAUCAGUUUGGGUUUCAUAGUUUUUACAAAAUAUGCAAUCAUAUCUGAUAAUGGAAUGACAAAAUUGCAGAUUUAUUUGUGGAAAAACCUCUUUUUUUGUGGUUCUGCACGAUUCGCAGUACUGUGUAUGUUGAAUGUGUUGGCACCAUGUGCCGUAACUGACAUUUGUCAAGCAGAACUACCACAAAGGUAGAAGAGUAUGCACCCUAUGGUGUAUUUUUCUAUAACUUAUAAAAUGUCCUCAUGAAUGCAAGCAUCACCAUUGUAACUUGACAUAUUUUUCAAAGUUCUCAAAGGUAAUUGCCGAAAACAUGGAAAGUCAUGGAACUUUUGGUGACUCUGUUAGUUUGUAUUGAAGCUGUUCAGAGUUUAAAAAGGGAGUCGGCAAUACUAAGUAGGCAAUUUUUUGCCUUUUUAUUUUUAUUUUUAUUAUACAUAAGUUGUAUGUUCUUUGCCCAUUUAAAUAUGCAUUUGCUUUUUAUGCUGUAUCUCAUAUUCUGAAAAUAAAAUGCCAUAUUUAUA